UUACAGUCCUAACAAUUCAGAAGCAAUGUACGUGUCAAGCACUGGUCUCUUCCCGUUUUCAGUGUUUAUUACAACUGCGCAUUCUCAGUACAAGUACCGCUAGUUCGCGUGAGCUAUCAUUGAAAGCCCUUCCGUUUCAGCGCCAUUUCAGAAACAUCUGUGAAAACAGAAACUCGCCGCUAGGGCGUCAGUACAAGAAUUCCCAGUGGGGAAACUUACUUCAAUUUUAUAAAUGUCAUCAAGUGAUUGCACUGCUGUCUUUACAAAAUGAUCCCAGCAGCUUUGCCACAUAUUAUAUGACUUUGAAAUUGGAGGAUGAUGAAGAUGAUGAUGAUGAAGCAGUGAUAAUUGAAGACACUCAAGUAUGCAGCAAUCAAACUGGAUCAACAGUACACGGAUUAUUACCUUCUGAAAACAUUUCUCAAAUAAACAGUCAGAUGCAUUUUGGAGCUGAACUUAUUUAUGGUAGUGAUUCCUCAUCUAGACACGAUCCAGUAAGAUCUGAGGUAGGUCAUCCUUCAAGAGGAGAAAUGGACAGACAAAGCACUGAUGACCUUGGGUAUGCUUAUAAUCCCAAACGAAGGAGGAUAUCCCUUGCACGUGGAAACAGUGCCCCUCCAUCAAGAGCAAGGGAGCCAGAAUAUGAAGACCGUGAUGAAGUUAUUUAUGAAUAUGAUCCUGACUAUGACUGUGCCAGCAUUGCUUCUGAAGGAUCAUACAGUGGUGAUCAGCAAAGGACACUUACAGAUAUACUGAACUAUUGCCAGCUAAUGUAUGAUGCCAUUCAGAAACUGGAUAAAAAGUUUGACCUCCUUCACCGAAAAGUUUUGGAUAUGCAACAUGUACACCUUAAACCAGUACAUCUGAAACAUAGGCCAUUAACUUUUUCUCAUAGAGGUUUACCUCCUCUACCAUUACGAAAAGUGAGAAUACAGAAAGCUUUGGACAGAGAUACAAGGCUUCAGCUGUCAUCACCUUCACAGGAAAUGCAUGCUGCACCUUUACGAGUCCGACUACGGAAGGAAUCAUCUCAGAAUAGUGCUUCUUUCAAAAUUGUUCAGCCAUCCCAACCUUCUCCUCCUGUUCCGCCUUCUACUGCACCUGUACUACCUCCUUCUUCUCCUCCUGUUUCAUCUAAUUUGGAACUUCAUCAGCCUCAGUAUGGUGCCCCAGUUCGUCAGAGUCCACCCUUGCCCACUAUUAUUUCUACCCAUUCGUUAAGGCAGCCUGUGCAACAGCAGCACUCAUUAACCAGCCGGAUUGCAGAAAUUCCACAAAUGCCAAAAUCAGUGGACAGCAUGACUAUGAAGAGUCCAUCCAGUGCAUUGCCUUCAUCUGUGAUUACCCCAGUGAAGUCAAACUCUGGGGUAAACAACUUCCUAGAGAAGUGUCCUCUACCAGUGAGUUGCAGAGCUUCUCCUGAUCCCAGUGUUCCAGUAACUCCAGCAUUAAAUGAAGAACUUCCCUCAUCUUCUAGCUCAGCUAAUAUAGGUUAUGAGUAUGUUGGCAACCCAAAGAGAAACAUAAAAAUACCUGGAAAUUACUUGAUGAAGGCACGACAGAAGAACAAGCCAAAGUAUGCAGCACGUUACCUUGUUCGCGCUCUGUUUUCAAAGGAAACACUUCUGUGCAGCAACAUGCUGGGUGACAGUACACGAGGACUCAAAGCCUUAGACCCCAAUAGAGUCGGUGCUAUUAGAGAAUUUCUCAACACAGUUUUUCCAAGUUAUGACCUUUGUGAAAGUGAUCGAGAGUGGAAAGCAUGCAUCACUAACGUUAAUGCAAUGAUUCGUUGUCUCCGCUGUGAAGCUAAAAGAGGAUUGGAACACAUAGAAACAAGUGCAAAAUCACAAGAACAGGAUGCAACAAUUUUUGUUGAUCUGGACUCUGAUGGAGAAGAAACUAGUGUGGUUUCCCAAGAUCCUCAAGAUACAUCAGCUUCAACAACUGGCAUCACUGAUAACCCAUCUUGGGAGCGACAACAAGAAAAUGUACCUGCACCAGGGCCUGAUAAUCAGCAAGGGAUUGAAGCAUUAGAAUGCCUUGGCAACCCAUGGAGGAAUGUUCACGUGCCCUUUUCUGUCAUGUAUGUAGCUAAGAGGAAAGCAAGACCAGAACUAGCUGCAAGAUACCUAAUCCGGCAUAUUUUCCCAGAGGAUGUGUUGAUAAAAAGCAAUGUGUAUGGGCAUCUUGAGCGUGGGAUUGAACCAUUAGACUGCAACAGAAUUGGUGCUCUUAGAGACUUUCUGGAAAAAAACUAUCCAUCAUUUGACCUGAAUGAAGGUGGACAUGACUGGAGGGCGUGUGUUGCUGCCAUUAAUAGUAGCAUUCGCAGUCUCAGGCAUGAUCAGCGAAAGGCUGCUGGGAUAGCUCAGAGGAAAGGACUUCAUCCAUUGGAACAGCCAUUUGAAAUGGCUCCAACUGUGUGUCAGUCACCUUCAGGAGAUAUCCAUGGAAAUAAGACAAUAAACAUAUCAGACUGAUACACAGAAAAGUGAUGGCUGGAUGUCUUGCCAUGGUUUUCUAUUGCUAAUUCAUCUGAAAUAAAUCAAAACUACUACUGUUAUACAGCAUCAAUUUUAAAGAAAAAAAGUAAUUUUUUACAGGUUAUUUAGAUGAACUGUAGUAUUUCUAUGGAUUGAUAAUGUUUAUAAUAAGUGCAGAUUGUAUCUUUCUUUUAAUAAAUGUCAAAGAAUCAUA